CCACGCGGUCACAUCACCGGACGAGACGUCACGUAUCCCACAGUCCUGUGCGUCUUCCCAGUGAACAGAAAUGGCGUCGAGAGCACCAGCAGCAACCAGCAGGCUCCUGGUGGGCUUCAGGAAGUGGUACUACAAUGCAUGCGGUUUCAACAAACUUGGCUUGAUGCGGGAUGAUACCAUCAACGAGGACAGUGAUGUGAAAGAAGCAAUUCGUCGGCUUCCAGAACAAGUUUACAAUGACAGAAUGUUCCGUCUCAAGAGAGCUCUGGAUCUUUCAAUGAAACAACAGAUUCUUCCCAAGGACCAGUGGACUAAAUAUGAGGAGGAUGUGUUUUACCUUGAGCCCUAUCUGGAGGAGGUUAUCCAUGAAAGGAAGGAAAAAGAGGAGUGGGCAAAGAAGUAGGAUGAGUGUGAAGAGACUGAAGCUCCUCUUUGGUGUGAUGUCUGGUGUCUUGUAUUUAAAAGAAAAUGUAUUAUGUGAUGAGUCCCUAUACUUAUUAAAAUUUCCUUUCUGACAA